AUGGCAGACUACAGCAAGAUCCCAGCCGGAGCAAAGCUGCAGCCCAAGCCCUUCAAAUGUCACGUCGACGAGGAGAAGCUCAAACACAUGCUCGACCUCCUCAAGCUCUCCCCCAUCGGCCCAGCAGUAUGGGAGAACACAGGCAAAGACCAAGGCGAGACCAAAAUGUCUCGCCCCGAUCGCAAGCACGGAAUGCACCACCUGAAUUCGUUCCCCCAGUUCAUGAUCUCGAUCCAGGACUCCGAAGGCCGCGACUACGACGUCCACUUCAUGGCUCUCUUCUCCGAGAAACCGGACGCCAUUCCCAUUGGUUUCUACCACGGCUGGCCAGGCUCCUUCAUGGAGUUCCUCGAACUCUUCACCCUCCUCAAAAAGAAAUACUCACCCAAAGACCUCCCCUACCAUGUCAUCGCUCCCAGCUUGAUAGGCUACGGAUACUCCUCCGGCCCAGCAAGAGACCUGGAUCUUCACCUCGACCGCACAACAGAAAUCAUGCACAAACUCAUGCUCGGCCUCGGUUUCACCAGCUACCUUGCCCAAGGCGGUGAUGUGGGAAGUAUGGUCUCCAAGACUAUGGCGACCAAGUACGAUGAGUGUAAGGGUAUGCACCUUAAUAUGUUCGCUUCGCCGCCACCGCAAGACGAAGCGAAGGCGAAGGAUAUCGAUGAGUUUGAAGCUCAGUGCUUGCAACGCGGGCAGGAGUUCCGUGAUAAGGGGAUGGCGUACGCACUGGAACACGGGACCCGCACGGGUACCAUUGGUCUCGUGCUCAGCUCCUCGCCGUUGGCGAUGCUAGCCUGGAUCGGCGAGAAGUUUCUCGAGUGGACUGACGAGGACCCGCCUCUCGAUACCAUACUGGCGAGCGUUUCGCUUUACUGGCUCACGGAUACGUUCCCGCGAUGUAUCUAUCCCUACCGAAGACUCUUCGAGCGACCACAGCUACCGUAUAUUAAUAAACCUUGUGGGUACUCGUACUUCCCAAAAGAAUUGGUCCCAACACCACGAUCUUGGGCGGCUGCAACAGCAAACAUCGUUUCGUAUUCAAGGCAUACUGGAGGUGGCCAUUUUGCUGCUAUGGAGAAGCCAGCAGAGUUGCUUGCCGACGUUGAGGAGUGGAUACCCAAGGCAUGGAAGGGCGAGUCAAAGCUGUAA